GAGAUUGCGCCGACCUCUUUUGAUGAAAGGACUAAACACGGACUUACCGUAGAAAUGAGUCUGGCAUCGAUAACGGAUUAAAAGCGUUAUUAGCAAUAAUAAUAAUACUUUUACAAAUAAAUAUCUGACAGCUUCUCUGCGGCUGCUUUCCACUCGGGGAUUUCUGGUGGUUGUGGUUUAUAGGACAGCGCGUUGUGAACAAUAACAAUGGCCUCUGGUUCACCCUCGUCCUCCCCGGACACUGCGACGGGCUCGGGUACGGAUCCAGCGCGGCCCGAUACCGGCGAGCCUCUUGGUGGAGCGGGUUCAGACUCGGACUCGGACUUGGGUUUGAGUAAAUUUGAUUGUAGUGCCGUGGAGAUGACGGAGGAAAUGGAGGGAGAGGAACUGGAGCAGGAGUUUGAGUCUGCAGCUGACCGAGUGAGAGACUUGAUUCAGACGGCCAGCAGGGACCAGCUGCUGUACCUGUAUGCUCGUUUUAAACAGGUCAAAGUAGGGAAGUGCAACACCCCAAAACCUGGUUUCUUUGAUUUUGAAGGGCAGAGAAAAUGGCUAGCCUGGAAGCAGCUUGGAGACAUGGACGCUGAGCAAGCGAUGCGAGAGUACAUUACCUGUGUCAAUGUGUUAGACCCAGAAGGCACCACAAAGGAAAGACGAGGAGCAGAGAGACGAACGGGUUUUGGAGGUGCAGCAGUCAGCUCUCUCUACCAGGAGGAGGAAACGAUAAGGGAAGAGGAUAAGAACAUUUUUGACUACUGCAGAGAAAAUAACAUUGACCACAUCCAAAAGGCCAUCAGCUCCCAGAAACUGGAUGUCAAUACCAGAGACGAAGAGGGCCGCACUCUCCUGCACUGGGCCUGUGACAGAGGACACAAGGAGUUGGUGUCUUUGUUUCUGCAGCACAAAGCAGACAUCAACAGUCAGGAUAAUGAAGGACAGACAGCGCUACAUUAUGCAUCAGCGUGCGAGUUUGCAGACAUCGUAGAGCUUCUUCUCAACGCUGGAGCAGAUCCGUUUAUCAAAGAUAUGGAGGGCUCUCUCCCCGAGGAGGUGACUGAGUCUAGCGCCAUCUCUUCGCUCCUGCGCCAAUACACCGCUCCUAAAGGCUAGCUUAUCCACACAUACUCGCCCUAUAUUUCUGCUCCACUCAUUUGUCCAUCAUUCCUGGAAAAUAAACUCAACAGAUCUUAGACCAAAACAACAUUGAAGUUUUCUUUCUUUUGCUUUUAUUUCUAAGUUUUUGAAGUGUUUUUGUUUUCAGAAGUGUUUGUGUAACAAUAAUCAUCUCAUUUGACAAGAACAUAAGUUGAAGAGGAUUGCAUGCACUGUUUUCUGCAGAAACUGGUAUCUCCUUUGCAGUGUUGGAUUAAACUCUGGUUAUAUGUUAAA